AUGCCCGAUGCUUUAAAACACUGUCAAUUCACUGAUUUCUUUUCAUCUUCAUCUCCUCACCUCUUGCGCUCGCUCAUAAGGCUUUAUACAGAUAAUCAUACACAAUCUGUUUUUAUGAACUACCGCUACCAAUUGCCAUCACAAUAUAUCCGAUGA